AUGCGCAACCUUCGCAAUCUUCAGUUUGGCCGCUGGAGGCAUCCCGACAUCACGUCGGCUUGCUGGGACCCUGAGAAGGACGAGCUCCUAUGUACCGUCGGGCCGACAGAGCACAGCUCGACUAUUGAGCUCCUGAGAGUCUCGGACAAGCAAGAUGUUUCUCACCAGACAGUUGCAAGCUGGGAGGCGCCGAGCCCAAACCCAGACCUGCUGGUCGAUAGGGUGAUCAGUCUCCAGUAUCUGAGUGGGACAGCGACUACAUGCCUCGUUUUAGAAGGAGGCGAUAUCAUUACGGUCCAGGAAGAUCAGUUCUCUUCAAAUGGUCCUCAUAUCGAAAUUGUAGGCUCCAUCGAUGCUGGCAUCGCAGCCGCAAAAUGGUCUCCGGAUGAGGAGUUAUUGGCCAUCGUCACCAAGGCGAACGCUCUGCUUUUCAUGGGCUCGACUUUUGACCCGGUCGCCGAAGUUGCCAUGACCGUCGAGGAUCUCAAGGCUUCAAGGCACGUAUCAGUUGGAUGGGGUAAGAAGGAAACCCAGUUCCAGGGCCGAGGAGCCAAAGCGAUGCGCGACCCUACGAUCCCCGAAAAGGUUGACAGUGGAGUUUUAAGCCCGAAUGACGAUGGCGCCAUCAACAUCAGCUGGAGGGGCGACGGAGCUUUUGUUGCCAUCAACGCAAUCCAAGAAAGUGAGGACAGCAAGCGUCGAGUAAUCAGGGUUUAUUCUCGCGAGGGCGAGCUUGACAGCGCCAGUGAGCCGGUGGAUGGGUUGGAGAGCACUUUGAGCUGGAGACCGUCUGGGAAUCUCAUCGCAGGUAUCCAGCGGUUUGAUGACCAUAUCGAUGUUGUUUUCUUUGAGAGAAAUGGCCUUCGCCAUGGCCAGUUUCGCCUUCGCUCUCCCGAAAAGCCAGUAGUAUCCAGCUCAGCCAUCCGUCUUGAGUGGAACUCCGACUCAACUGCGCUAGCUGCGAUGUUGGACGGCUUAGUCCAAAUCUGGACCACGGGGAAUUAUCACUGGUAUUUGAAGCAGGAGAUUCCAACGGAGCCCUCUACUGCCUCUGUAGUUUGGCAUUCAGAGAAAGCCCUGCGUUUCGCUAUUGUGACUACCGAGAACUUGAGCAUCGUCGAAAAGAUAUUCUAUACGGCCCGGGGCUCGUCCUGUCCGCCAUUUGAUAACGGAGCUGUUGCAGUCAUUGAUGGUGAGACUAUCAAGUUGACACCUCUCAGAGGAGCGAAUGUACCGCCCCCUAUGGCUCUUUAUGAAUUGAAGGUUGAGUCUGCUGCAGUGGAUGUGGCAUUUGGGCGAAGAAAUCAGAGUUUUGCCAUCUUACAUCGAAAAGGUGUAGAUGUUUACGACUGGCCCGAAUCGGAUGGACGAUGGAUCAAGCCGCAACUUAAAGUCAAGGUUCCAUUUGGUCCAGCAAACAUCCCAGAAGACAAUGUCGGCCUGCGAAUUUGCUGUUCCUCGGAGGGACGGUUCAAACUGAUGAGCUACCAGGAUGAUCUAGGGAAUCUGCAGCUUAGUGUCAAGGCCGAUGCUGAAGAUGCACACCUCGAUUUCCUCAAUGAAGAUCAGCUAUUUGUGAGUACAACGACUUACGAGGACGAUUCCUCUAUCGAAGGUUAUGGUCAGGACCGCACAGGGAAGAUCCACCGUCUUCUGUCGACCGGAAGCGAGCUCCUACCCGUCCAGUUCCAAACCCAGCUACCUUGGUUCGAAGUUGCCAAGGUCAGCGACUCCAUUAUUGCAUUUGGCCUGUCAAGAGGUGGCCAUCUUUACGCGAAUUCACGCCUCCUAGCCAAGAACUGUACCUCUUUUGUUGUCACACCCGACCACCUUAUCUUUACUACCAAUAAUCAUUUAGUCAAAUUUGUUCACUUGGCUGAAGAUGUCGAGGAACUAGAAGUUUGUGGAGAUGAUCCUGAAAAGGAUGAGCGGUGUCGUAACGUAGAGCGCGGCUCCCGACUUGUCACAGCCAUUCCCACUACCAUGAGCAUCGUUCUUCAGAUGCCCAGAGGCAACCUGGAAACCAUUUACCCUCGAGCUAUGGUGGUUGCUGGUAUUCGCAAUCUCAUUGAUCAGCUGAAGUACGCGGAAGCAUUUACAUACUGUCGUACUCAGCGAGUGGACAUGAAUAUUCUAUAUGAUCAUAAACCUGAACAGUUUCUUGCCAAUGUGGGCGUGUUCUUAGAUCAACUUAGGGAGGCCUCGUACAUUGACCUCUUCUUGUCCUCGCUUCGCCAGGAAGACGUUACGGAAACAAUGUAUCCUGACACCAAACGUGGCAAGAUUCAGGAGAGAACAUUCUUGAACCCCGAGCCCCAACCCUCUUCCGAGCUAGCACCAACGACCUCGAAGGUAAACACAGUCUGUGACGCUAUCCUCAAGGGUCUUCAGACCCAAACGCCAACCAGCAUUCAGAACACUAUUACCGCUCACGUCUGCAAAGACCCUCCCGCCCUGGAAGAUGCCCUGCGCUUGGUGGCUGGGCUGAUGGAAGAGGGAGAGAAGCCUGCCGAGCGCGCCGUCGAACAUGUUUGCUUCAUUGUCGACGUCAACCGCGUCUAUGACAACGCCCUAGGUCUCUAUAAUCUUGAACUUGCACUUCUGGUCGCGCAACAGUCACAGCGUGACCCAAGAGAGUAUCUUCCAUUUAUCCAGGAUCUCCAUAAACAAUCCGACUUGCGCCGCAAAUUUAUCAUCGACGACCACCUCUCCCGCCGUACAAAGGCGCUCAGCCACCUCCACGCCCUGGAUGUCUUUGAAGAACUAAGCAAUUACACAGUCAAACACAUCCUGUACCAGGAUGCCCUGAAGCUCUACCGCUACGACCAAGAUCGUCUAAGUCAAAUCACCACCCUCUACGCCGCCCACCUCGAAUCCACAUCCGCUUUCAGAGAAGCCGGCCUCGCUUACGAGUCGCUUCAAAACUACGCAAAAGCCACAAGCUGCUACCGCGCGGCCGGCGCAACAUGCUGGCAGGAGUGCCUGGUCAGCGCGCAGCUGCAGACACCGCCCAUGUCCGAGGACGCCCUGGCCGAGACCGCCACCGCCCUGGCCGACGCCCUCUGGGAAGACAAGAACUACGCCGCCGCAGCCAGCAUCCACUUAGACUACCUCUCCUCGCUGGAGCAGGCCAUCCGGUGCCUCUGCAAGGGCUACCACUUCGCCGAGGCCAUCCGCCUCGUCCUCCAAAAGUCCCGCCCGGAGCUCCUCACCACCGCCGUCGACACCGGCAUCGCCGAAGCCCUCGGCAGCACCACCGAGUUCCUCGCCGACUGCAAGGCCCAGCUCAACGCCCAGGUGCCCCGCAUCGCCGAGCUGCGCCGCAAGGCCGCCGAGGACCCCUUGGCCUUCUACGAGGGUGAGCGCGCCGGCGGCGCAGACAUCCCCGACGACGUCUCCAUCGCCGCGAGCUCCCGCGUGAGCACGAGCGCCAGCCUGUUCACGCGGUACACCGGCAAGGCCGGGAGCGUGGGCACCGCGGGUACGGGCGUCAGCCGCGCGACGAGCAAGAACCGCCGCCGGGAGGAGAAGAAGCGCGCCCGCGGCCGCAAGGGCACCGUCUACGAGGAGGAGUACCUCGUCAACAGCGUCAGGCGGCUGGUCGAGCGCGUCAUGGCCGCCAAGCCCGAGGUCGAGCGCCUCGUCUUCGCCCUGGUCCGGAGAGGGAUGGCGGAGCGCGCCCGCGCCGCCGAGGCCCUCCUGUCGGACGUGAUCGCGGCGUGCGAGCGGUCCGUGGACGAGGUGUUCCCCAAGCCACCCCCUGGCAGCGGCGAGCAGCAGGAGACACCCGAUCAGCAGGGAGAGGGGGGCGGGUUCCCCGGUGACGACUGGAAGGCUACGGGCGGGGCGGCCGUGCUGCAGGAGUUUGUGCAAAGCCAGGCCAAGCUGCAGCAGCCGCCUCUCGUGACGGCCAUGAAGAAGUUAUCGCUACUUGGAGCAUAG